UCAGAAACGGUGGCUCAUGUAAAACAAUGUAAAAAGUCAUCAGCGCAGAUUCCAUGUGCUUUAUCACAACAGAAAAAUCGGGACCGUGGUAUAGUUUGAAACUAAAAGCAGACGCACGCGUCAUUCUCACACUGACAGCAGAAAAUGAAGCAUUUCGUCUUAAUGUGUCUUCUGCUCUACAUUCACAUGUCUCAGAGCGAAAUACACAGUCAGAGCUCCACUGAGGGAGCUGAUGUCAGUCUCUACUGUAAACAUGAAGGGAAAGUGCAGUGGUCUAAACACAGUGAUGGAAAUAGAUGGAUGAUCCUCACUGCAGAAAGCAAGGAGAAGAUAGAAAAGCACAAUCCAGAUCCACAUAACCGUUAUAGUGUUUUGGAUGAUUUAUCACUACACAUCAAGAAUGUUUCUCUCUCAGAUUCUGGAAUUUAUUACUGUAAUAAUAAUACAGCUGUGAAUCUGACAGUAACAGCAUCAGGAUCAACUACGUCCAACAACAAUCAAACAGAAGCCACCACACCACCACCAGAGAUCUCUAUCAGUACGAUCAGUUUAGGUGUGAACACCAGUGUAGCUCAAACCAGCAAUGCUCGCCACACAGAUCAACUCAAGUCAACACAAGUUAAAGAGUUAUGCUGUAUUUUUCCAGCAAAGCCUACAUCAGAAAACAGCAGUGUGCAUAAUUCCGGUUCUCAAACUAACACCCCAGUCACCUCAACAACAGAGUUGAGCACAACAAGCACAAGAUCAAGCACGCGAACUGAAGAAACCAACAUAAAUACUACAUUAUCAGUCACGUCGACCACCUCCAGAGCCACCACACCGGCACCGCCACCAACAGAUUCCAGUAAGAUUGCUGCGGCCGUGUCAGGAGGUGUUGUGUUUGUGGUGCUGGUGCUCUUGCUAUGGGCAUGUAUCAAAAGAAAAGAUAUUUCAGCCGCACUUUCUAACAAGAAGGAGAAUAUAUACGAGACUGUAGUUGACAGUGAUUUUACUACACAACCUGUUCCAUCGCAAAAACCAAAUGACGCCAUCUAUUACUUGGCUGGAGAUCCUGACAUAGUUCAACUUGGCCAAAUAAAAGAGACGGAUGAUCACACAUACACUUUGAUAUCACAAUCAAAGGAGAAUAUCACUGAGCGAGAAGAAGAUGUGCCUUUGUACUCUACUAUCAAAGUGGACACCAUAAACUAACCAUGAAUUUUCGUUGUGUUAAUAUUUAAUUUCAGUGAAAAAAGAGUUUACACUAAUAUUGUUUGGUUUGAAAUGGUGUGUGUCAUAGAUUUAUGAAAAUAUAGCGUUGCUGUUUUCAGCUUCAGUUUUUUUAUAUAUUAGUGGAUUUAUAUUUUGAAAUGUGCAACUGCUUAAGCUUAAUGCAAUUACAGUUCCUUCCCCCAUCUAUGCAUUGUAUUAUUUUUAUAAAUCAUUCAUUAUGUUGCACUAUUUAUUUGAGCAGUUUCAGAAAUUUAGACAGACCUGAAUUUACAGAACAUGAGAAAAGAAGAAGUAUAAAGCUGUUGACACCUGAAGCUUUUUAAAAUUGGUUGCACCAGUUACCAUAUUAGCAGAUGUAAAAAAACACAAAGCUAAAAGCAACAAAGGCAAAAAUAACUGUCCUCUUUUGCUAUGCAAUCACACCAUUUUUAGACUUCCCUCUUCAGAAAGGACAUUAGUCAAUACAGGAAGUCUAGCAUGCAUGUGCAGUUUCAAUACAUAUGUGAUUGAAUUUCCAUGCUGGUCCGAGCUGAUUUAUGACGAUUAGUGCUGGUCAACCAUCAAGGUCUUUCUGAUGAAGCUGGUUCACCAAGAAAAUCUUGCUUGUUGUGAUAUUUAGAACGUUUGGGACACAAGCAUCUAAGACACAACACAUGCUGGUGUUCAGUACUGUUGGUGGUGUCUGUAACAGGACAACCACAGAUUUUUCUCCACAAGAAACGCUUCUCACACAUGUGGUCAUGUCAUCGUGCAAAAAACUGUGCAAAGUUUAAUCUGCAUGUAUUGCUUCUCUUGCUGCACAUGUCUUGUGUACGCUAAAAGAUCUUUGAAAGAUUAUGUAAAAAAUAAACCAAUCAGCAAUAAGAAAAGUCUGUGUUAACAGAACCCUGUUCAACAAUCGUGUCUCAGCUGUACUCUUAUCUUUAUAACCGUCGACACUCGUUCAGAUCUACAA